AUGAAUGGCUUCUCCGCGCGUAUACUACCCCGCGUCAUCUCCGCGCAGCUUCGCACCAACCACCCCCACCAGCCAGCUUUUAGGGGACUCCUCCAUAGCCCGGUAGGGUUAGAGGAGCUUCAAGAUGCGUACUUGUCAGAGCUGCUCUCCUACAGCCUUGAUCGAUUGAAUAAGGAGCCGGAGCUGCUGCGCGCCGAUGCGGAGAGGGUGCAGCGGCAGAUGCAGGAGGUGGCGGUGGCGCAUUACCGCGCGUUCAUCACCGCCGCUGACGCCAUCCGGUCCAUUCACCGCGAGAUCAACUCCGUCGACCAACACCUAGGGUCUUUGGUGUCGGAGAUCCCUAAGCUCACAACUGGGUGCAAUGAGUUUCUGGAGGAGGCUCAGGGAGUGAUGGAGAAGAGGCGGCUGAACAAGACAAUGCUUGCCACCCACCCCACGCUCAUGGACCUUCUAGAGAUCCCACAGCUCAUGGACACCUGUGUGCGCAAUGGCAACUACGACGAGGCUUUAGACCUGGAGGCGUUUGUUGCGAAGCUCGCCACCAUGCAUGCCAAGCUGCCAGUGAUUCAGCAGCUAGCGGUGGAAGUGAGGCACACCACGCAGGCCAUGCUGUCACAGCUGCUGCUCCGCCUGCGAUCCAACAUCCAGCUGCCUGAGUGCCUGCGUGUGAUUGGCUACCUCCGGCGGCUGGCCGUGUUCUCAGAAACAGAGAUGCGGCUUCAGUUCCUGCGGUGCAGGGAGGCGUGGCUGGGGGAGGUGGUAUCUGAGCUGGACCCCUCAUCCCCCUACGAGUAUCUGAAGCGCCUCACCGACUGCCACCGCGUGCACCUCUUUGACGUCGCCACGCAGUACCACGCCAUCUUCGCCCACCACUCCUCCGCCGACCCACAUUCGUCGAACCUGGACGAGGAUUCGGCUGCGCUCGCGGCUCUGCUAGGGGACGGGGGAGUGGGGGGAGGAGCCGGGGGAGGGGUGGGGGGGGUGUUGGGGAAGUAUGGGAAGGGCAGGGGGGGAGGUGGGGCGGUUUUGAACGGGUGGGGGCUUGCGGGAGCGGGGGGGGAUGGGGGGCUGGUGUAUGGGUGGGCGAUGCACCGGGUGGCGGUGUAUUUGGCAGCGCUGGCACAGCAUCUGCCGAGGAUUGAGGAUGGCGGGUCGCUGGCUAGCGUGCUCGAGCACUGCAUGUAUUGUGGCAUGAGUCUUGGCCGAGUGGGGUUGGACCUCAGAGGCCUCCUGCCUCCCCUCUUUGAAUCGUGUGUGCUGCGAAUGUUUCAGCGCAACAUCUCCUUUGCAGUUGACUCCUUCCAUCAUGUGUUGGAGACACACAGAUGGGUGCCGCUGCCGUCCAUGGGCUCUGCUGCACGCGUGGGCCUGGGAGGUGAAUCCCUUGAUGACGUGGCACCGCCCUAUUCGCUCAUGGAGCACCCACCACUGGCCGCUUUUGUGAAUGGCAUUCUGGCAGCGCUGAACGAGUUGAGGCACUGUGCACCAACGUCACUGAAGCAGCAGCUGGCAGGGGAGGUGGAGAGGGCGCUUUCAGUGGUGGCAGGGUCGCUGGGUCGCUACAGUCACACACACAUAGUCAAGGACUCCGAGGCAGCGCUCUUUAUAAGCACGUGCAAGGCGUUUGUGGAGGUGGUCUGCCCCUACGUGGCUGUGUGCUUCUCCCGCUGCUACGGCUCUCCGGCCACACUCAUAUCCACGCAAGCAGCAUGCGAGCCUGUGAAGCAACUCAUUCUCGCCUCCAUGCCUCCUGCUGCCGCUGCCGAUGCUGAUGCUGAUGCUGCUGUGGUGGAUGAGGGGCAGGGGGAGGAGGCGGGAGAGGGAAGGAGAGGAGAUGGGGAGGCUGGGGAAGGAGAGAGGGGUCAAGGGGGAGAGAAGGCGGGUGAGGGUGUGAGGGAUGAUAGUGGAGGUGGAAAGGUUUCUGGUGGUGAUGACGUGGCACCUGGUGGCCAAUUAGAGGCAGGAGGGGAAAGUAGAGGAGAGGGGGGAGCAGCAGAAGGUGAAGGGGCAUCUGUGCAAGGGUUGAAAGCAGCUGUACAUGCAGGCACAGCAGCAGAUGGGACGAGAUGA